AUGGCCGCCUCAAUACCACGCACACGCUGUCUCGCAGCAUUAAAAGCAGUCCCACGCUCAACAGUACCGCUGAGAUCGUUCGCCACAACCUCCGAUGCGCCACAACCACCAGCCUCAGAAACUCCCUCAAAACGCUCCCGGCCCGCGACCUCAUUUAGCGAUACUCUGAAUGCCGGUCCUUCAUUCGGCGACUUUGUAAACCCUAAUGCGCCCCUCUCCCCCGCCGAAGCAUACGAGAUCAAAACCGUCCAAGUCGGCCCAGAGGGGCGCAAAAAGACAAUCACACGACUACCCGAGUGGCUGCGAACACCAAUCCCCUCCAACGCCAACCAAAACUACAAGCAAAUCAAAAAGGACCUGCGAGGCCUCAACCUAGCCACAGUGUGUGAGGAGGCAAGAUGUCCAAACAUUUCCGACUGCUGGGGCGGCAGCUCAAAGAGUGCGGCAACGGCAACCAUUAUGCUCAUGGGCGACACAUGCACGCGCGGAUGUCGCUUUUGCGCCGUAAAGACAUCCAAGGCACCACCACCACUGGAUCCCCACGAGCCUGAGAACACAGCCGAAGCACUGCGGAGGUGGGGUCUGGGCUACGUUGUCAUCACUGUCGUUGACCGCGAUGAUCUCGCAGACUCGGGUGCCCACCACAUCGCCGAGACCAUCAUGAAGAUCAAGCAAAAGAACCCCACGCAGCUCGUCGAGCUACUAGGCGGAGACUACGGCGGCAACCUGGAAAUGGCCAAGGUCGUUGCGAGAAGCGGGGUGGACGUCUUUGCGCACAACAUUGAAACCACGGAGCGCCUAACACCUUUUGUCCGCGACCGAAGAGCAAAGUUCAGGCAGAGUCUCGAUGUGCUACGGUCAGCAAAGGAGGCUCAGCCCGAACUCAUCACAAAGACAAGUAUGAUGUUGGGUCUUGGGGAAACAGACGAGGACGUCUGGCACGCCCUACGAGAACUGCGCGCAAACGGCGUCGACGUUGUCACCUUCGGCCAAUACAUGCGUCCCACUAAGCGCCACCUCGCUGUCCACGAAUACGUAACCCCCGACAAAUUCGAACUCUGGCGCCAACGCGCCCUCGACAUGGGCUUCCUCUACUGCGCCUCUGGUCCCCUGGUCCGCUCAAGUUACAAGGCUGGUGAGGCGUUUAUCGAGAAUGUGCUCAAGAAGCGGAGAUUGGGUGCGUCGGCUGAGACCAAAGUCGCCGACUUGAAUACGGCUGAGGAAGCUGGCAAGGCACUGUAA